GCGAGAGCUGGGCAUGCCGCCGAUGCCGCCGCCGCCGCCGCCGCCGCGGAGGGGGAGACACGCGGGGGGAGACGGUGACGUCGGGAGUUUUCCUGAAAGUCAAUAACGAGCCCGGCGGAGGCGGCGGGAGGAGCCGACAGCGGGGCCCGGCCGGCUCCGGGGGUGACUCAUCAGUAGAAAUUGGGAAGAGCAGCAGAAGAGAAGCCAAACAGACAAGCUGAUAACUCAAAGAAAUACUCUUUUGAGUCGGGGGUUCAGAGUGGAGCCAUCAUGAGCGAUGUUACCAUUGUGAAGGAAGGCUGGGUUCAGAAGAGGGGAGAAUAUAUAAAAAAUUGGCGGCCAAGAUAUUUCCUGCUAAAGACAGAUGGCUCUUUCAUAGGCUAUAAGGAGAAGCCCCAGGAUGUGGAUCUGCCAUAUCCACUCAACAACUUUUCAGUGGCAAAAUGUCAGCUAAUGAAAACAGAGCGACCAAAGCCAAACACAUUCAUUAUCAGAUGUCUUCAGUGGACCACUGUCAUAGAGAGGACGUUCCAUGUAGACACUCCGGAGGAACGGGAAGAAUGGACAGAAGCAAUCCAGGCUGUAGCAGACAGACUUCAGAGGCAAGAAGAGGAGAGGAUGAACUGUAGUCCAACUUCACAGAUAGACAAUAUAGGAGAAGAGGAGAUGGACGCUUCAACAACCCAUCAUAAAAGAAAGACAAUGAAUGAUUUUGACUAUUUAAAACUACUGGGCAAAGGAACAUUUGGCAAAGUUAUCCUGGUCCGAGAGAAGGCUAGUGGGAAAUACUAUGCUAUGAAGAUUUUGAAAAAAGAAGUUAUUAUUGCAAAGGAUGAAGUGGCUCAUACGCUUACAGAAAGCAGAGUAUUGAAAAACACCAGACAUCCUUUUUUAACAUCCUUGAAAUAUUCCUUCCAGACAAAGGAUCGUUUGUGUUUUGUGAUGGAGUAUGUUAAUGGAGGAGAGCUGUUUUUCCAUUUGUCGAGAGAGCGGGUGUUCUCAGAGGACCGCACACGCUUCUAUGGUGCAGAAAUUGUCUCUGCUUUGGACUAUCUGCAUUCUGGGAAGAUUGUGUACCGUGAUCUCAAGUUAGAAAAUCUAAUGUUGGAUAAAGAUGGACAUAUAAAGAUUACAGAUUUUGGACUUUGCAAAGAAGGAAUCACAGACGCAGCAACUAUGAAAACGUUCUGUGGUACUCCAGAAUACCUGGCACCUGAGGUGUUGGAAGAUAAUGACUAUGGUCGUGCAGUGGACUGGUGGGGAUUAGGCGUUGUCAUGUAUGAAAUGAUGUGCGGAAGAUUACCAUUCUACAACCAAGAUCAUGAGAAACUAUUUGAACUGAUACUAAUGGAAGACAUAAAAUUUCCUCGAACUUUAUCUGCAGAUGCAAAAUCAUUACUUUCAGGCCUACUGAUAAAAGAUCCAAAUAAGCGACUUGGUGGAGGCCCAGAUGAUGCAAAAGAAAUCAUGCGUCAUAGUUUCUUUGCUGGAGUAAACUGGCAAGAUGUAUAUGAUAAAAAGCUUGUACCUCCUUUUAAACCUCAAGUGACAUCUGAGACAGACACCAGGUAUUUUGAUGAAGAAUUUACAGCUCAGACUAUUACAAUAACGCCGCCUGAAAAAUAUGACGAGGAUGGUAUGGACUGCAUGGACAAUGAGAGGCGGCCGCAUUUCCCCCAGUUUUCCUACUCCGCAAGUGGACGAGAAUAACUUUUUUGUUCUGCUGCUUCACUGUCAUCUUAGGUUUAUCACUGAAAAUGAUUCCUGAACAUCACCACCAGUACUAGAUACUAUUUAAGAUAGCAGGGGCACUUUCAGAGACCAUUCCAAAUUGAACAAAUUUAUUUCCCGAAUCUACCUAAAAUCCAUUUUGGUUUUGCAUGAAAUAUGGCAUCUCUCUAUGCUCUCCUGCUGUUGCUGCUGCCCACCGUCUCAGUAUAAUAGCAAUGUCAAGAAGUUACUAACAGUUUCUUUGAAGGUAGAUGACUUUACUUCAGUGCUGUACACUUUGUGCACAAAGUCAUCUAUUUUUCCUCACAGUGGAGGCUAAACGGGAAAAUGUGUAGGUCCAGUUUAUCUUCUUCUAGAAGAUGAACCAAAAUUGUAAUUAGUCUAAAAAGACUAGUCUAUAAUAUUUUCUUGCAUCUGUUUGUGCUGGUUAGAACAAGGAAAUGUAGGGGUGGUGAUGUACAUAUGCAAGGUUUUUGUUAGGCAUAUCAUUACUUGAAGCAGGUCUCUGUCAUUAACAUCUGGCUGGAAUUUGCUUGGGAAACGUUUGAGAGAAGGACUUAAACUGUUGAUAUAUAUAAAUAUAUAUUUAUAUUAUUUUUUAAUUACUGUUGGAUACUACAGAAGAAGCAGAAGGGCUGGGCUCACCCAGCCUGCCACUUAGAACUUCCAGGUUCAUGUGCAAUCAUGGAGAAUCGAACAUUAUACAUGCAAGAAAUGAAGGCAUAAAAGCAGCAGUUGAAGUUGUUUAGGGGUCUUAUAAUUUGCACCAGAUAACAUCUUUCUCAUGCUUUUCUUUUUCUUUCAUGAUAUACAUCACCUCUGAUGGCUGAAGAAUGUAGACAGGCAUAAUGGUAUUGCUUUUCACCAAAAUGUGUGCACCAAGGUAAACAGUUGUUUGCCUUACUUAUUUUUGAGUUUGUGAAUUAGCUUUUUCUCCAGGUGUUUAACUCUGAAUAUUCUUUUUUUUUUUUUCUUUCCUUUCCUUUCCAUUUUUUUUUUGGUUAUACUGCGGUAGUAUUUAUUUUUAGAGAUAAGGUUUGUAUGUGUCAUGUUUGCAAAUGCUGCUACAUCUUAGAUAGAACAGGCUUAUAGCAGUUAAUUUUGUAAUAUAUGGAAGGACUGUACAAGCUGAAGGGAAUAAUGCACUUUUAUCCCAUGUGGAAAUUUUAACAAGGCUCUGAAAUUGUACAUACUGCUUAGAAUCAGAUUUUUGUGAAUGAAAUACUGUGUUUUAAUUCUUUGGCAGCGGAGGUGAGGAGUUCCAACUUCAUGUGCCAAAGGGUUAAAAACAAAUAAACAAAAAAGCUACAUCUUGUGCUCUAUUCAGGAUAAAGAUACUGUAAAAGCCUGAUGGCACAAUAGAAAAUGUCUAUCCUAUAUGAAGGAAACACAUUUGAACAAUGAGACCACAGUGAUUACAAGAAAAGCACUUUAUUCUAAUAGUUAAAAUAGUAAAUUUCUGGGAUCAGCCAUUCUCAAGGAAAGUUUGUCCUCAGCCAAAAGAGUUACGAAACUCAGCAUGUUACAUGUGACCAUGGUACCCGAUUGACCGAAUUUAAAGCAUCGCGAGAAACACUCCACUGACAGGAAAACGUCUUUCCAUUUCCGAAGAUCUGUAUCUAACAGAACAUGUGCACAAGCUCUAGCUUUGAUCUUCAGCAAUGAUAAUCUUAAUAAUAAACCCUUUGGUGCUAGGAGCUGGGAUAUUUUGCAGUGCAGUAAUGAUGUGCACGUGCCCUUGCUAACGGCAUCUGAAAACCCUGACUCCAUGGGAUUAUCAUUUGAAGUAUCUCUGUGUCCGUAUCUUGUUAGCUCCCACGAAGACUGUGAUAUCACAGAGUAUUACUGAUUGCGUUGUGUGAGUGAGGAGGUGAGUCUGAAAGGAGAUGUUCAUACGCAGAUGCCUUAGCCUCUUGAUGUGGAAAGUUGAGUAUCCUGGCGUGAAGCCCACUGCUGGCAGUGCAUAUGCUGGGACAGUCAAGGGGCAAAUGGGCAUUUUAGCAAGGCAGCUAAAGACGCAGACUAAUUUAGACAAUUUUUCAUGUUUCAUGUUUUAUCUUUAGUAACGGAUGGAUAAUCAGUCAGAAAUAUAUCAUGAGGUAUAUGCUAACUACAUAGGAUCUCAUUCUGUCUCCUUGUAACACUAGACGUGUAGAAAUUAUCCCUCUGUAGAGAGAGCGAGCACAGUAAAUGCAUUGCAGGUCUGCAGAAGUGUCUGUACUGACACAGCGAGUGAGUGACUGAAAUAACCAAUUACUUAGGAGAUGGGCAUUAAUUAGUUUUCUGCAAAGUCCUCGUGCUUACAGACUAAAACUAUGGUGAUUCAAAAUCUGUGUUAUAUGCCUGUGGUGGUUUUUUUUUUUUUUUUUUUUUCCAGCUUUUAACAGCAAUAAAUUUUUUGACACAGGGCACCUAUAGCUAAUGACCAACUGGAGUUGUGCCUCUGGCCAACCUUUCCUCGUGUUGAGAAGAAAGAAACCCUGUGGCUAGGUUCAUCACCGUGUAGCUAGUUAGAGCGCAGUUCGCAGUAAAUAUCUGUGGGCAAAUUAUCUGAAAACUUUUUAAGGCUUCAAUCAGUGUGUAUUGUGUUAUCUGCCUUCCAAAAUAUCAUAGAUCAAGUUUGUGCUAUGGAGAGAGUCAGCAGUCAUUUAAUGCUGCCCAGGGCUGCGGAAUUCCCUCUCAGCAGUGUUAGAGAUAGAAAGAGAAAUUAAUAAGCUGUGCUGGGAGAAACUCUUAAAGCUCUUCUUUGCCUGUUUGCAGCUGUAGUCGGGUUUGGACAGUGCGUGGUAGUGGCUGGUUACCUUGAUGAGCCUUUCGAGCACAGUACAUUUCAGACUUUGACUCCAGCUUGUACUGACUUCCACGGCAGACAGUAUGCCCUCUUGUACUGCAGCCAUCUCGGAGGAAAUAGGUCAUUUCUGUUUGGGUUUUGGCAGUUUUGCACACGGCUUUGCUUUCCACACUAAUCCAUCUUCCAGUACAUUCCUGUUGCUUACAGAACAUUUAUUCCAGUAUUGUUUUACGUUUUUUCCAUCUUUACUUGCGGCUUCUUAAAGCUGACUGUUCUUGCAGGGGCCAUGUGCUUCUCCUAGAGUACAAAAGUAAGGUCUUUCCUUACUAACUGCAGGGUCUAUAUAUUACACCUCAAUGUACACACUUUGCUGCUACUGUUUGUACUGUCUACAGUAGAAUUUCCUUAUCUUGCUCCUGGUAGUGCAUUACAGGCAAGCAUGAAAUGUAAAGUAUUUAUUUAAAUAAAAACCUCUAAAUUGGUAAUUGAAUUACCUCCCUGUAGCUUUAGAGUUUGUGACAUUUCUUGACCUUGCUAGUUCUUUCAUUAGAUCCAUGCAAGAUCUAGUCAUAUGGUUAAGGAUAUUAAGCAGACACGACUAUGAACCCAAGAAACCGUAUUACUGUUGGUCAUACUUAAACUGUUUAUUUCCUUAAGUAUAUGACCCACAAGGAUGUGAAAUAACUACAAGAAACUGUUUUUGUACACUGUACAUCCUUAGUAUUUUUACACGUAUAUGAUAGGGAUGCACAUUAUUUUCCUUCGUACAGACAGCUUAAAUAAAACACUAUGUCAAUCUGCUA